AUGCAUAAUGUUUUACACAAAUAUCACGCUUUAAGUAUCGCUCAAGAGAAUACAGAAAUAAAUAGCACGUCGCCAGCUUAUACAAUUAACAAAGAGACUGAUUUUCGAAACCAAGAUUACGAAAGUUACCCAGUCGAAUAUUCGAGUGAAAGGACAAAAUUUUUGUGAAACCGAAUAAGGCACAUAGUUCUUAUAGUAGCUCGGCUAAAUUUGAUGUCAAAAGAUAUCCAAACAUAUGGAGUCACCAGAAAAUAUUUUGGAAACGUAGAAGAAGACUUAUUUACUCAAACGAUGCCAAAAUUUUUAUUUCACCCAUAUGGGCAGUUCAAAUUAUAUUGAAAUUUCAUUAUGCUUUUACUGAUGCUAUACACAGGAUUCGUCACUCCUUAUAUUACUUGUUUCAUUGACAGUGUAAGUACUGCUUUAUUCUACACAGAAAUUUCUGUAAAUUUUGUAUUCUUUUUGGACACUAUUUUUACAUUUAAUUCUGCCUAUUUUGACCAAGUUGAGAUGCUGGUUGUGAGCAGAAAAGAAAUAGCGAAAAAUUAUAUUAAAUCAUGAUUUAUUAUAGACGUUAUUUCUUUUAUUCCUUUUGAUUUACUGUCAGGGAGCAGUUCUACAGGAAUCAGUAAUUUAGUUAAAGUUUCAAGGCUUUAUAAGAUUUUUAGGUUAUUUCGGCUUGUGAAAAUGAUGAGGUUUGCCAAGUCGAAAGCAUUUUUUGAGGAAUUUGUGGACAAGCUGAAAUUAAGCAGCGGUAUGGUGAGGAUGUUUAAAUUUAUGUUCAUUGUGCUGGUAGCUGUUCAUAUUACUGGCUGCCUUUGGUAUUAUACUGUUUUGAGUGAAUCUAGGAUGAUAAAUAGUAAUAGGCGUUUAUAUAAUAAAAAUAUUAGACAAAAUUAGUAUGAUUAAUUUUUAUUAAAAAAUCAUACUUGGGAAAACUAGAAAAUUUUAGCUAUGAUUCAUGAGUAGUAAAGGCUAAUUUAAUUGAUAAAUCCUAUUUUGAGAAAUAUAUAGCAUCAAUUUAUUUUGCAUUUGCAACUGUUACAACAGUUGGAUAUGGAGAUAUUCACCCAAUAACUAAUAAAGAAAAAAUUUUUGCAAUGAUGCUGAUGGGGUUUGGCGUCACGUUUUUUUCUCACAUGAUUGGGAAUAUUCAAAAUAUUUUGUCUCAAAAAGACUCAUCAGAAUUAUCGCUGAGGACAAGACUUCAAUCACUUCAAGAAUUUGCAAGAAUUGCCAAGAUCCCUAUACCGCUUCGGCAAAGAAUUAAAAAAAAUAUUAUGAGGACUCAUUAUACUUUUUUAUUUUAAAUAAAAAAUUAUCCAUUAAUAUUAAAAAAAAUUAUAAAUCAAACUAAGCAAGCUUACCAAAAUAUAUCCAGGUGAUCUGACCAAGAAAACCUUCUCAAAAGUAUUCCUGCACGUCUUCGUGUCGAGAUCUCAUCUCAUUUAAACACAAAACUAGUAGAAAGGAUUUAUUUUUUAAAAGAUAAAGAACAGCUGUUUUUAAGCUUCGUCGUCCCCAAGCUGAAAACAGCUCAUUUAUUAUUUAAAGAAUUUGUAUAUCGAGAAAACGACUACGCAGAAGAAAUGUAUUUUUUAGACAUGGGAAGAGUCCAUGUAAAAGCCCUUAAUGGGGUUACUUUUUGGACUUAUUCCAGUGGAGCUUAUUUUGGAGAAGUUGAGCUAAUUGAUGAAACUUCUAGAGAAGGCACAGUCCAAGUAGCCUCCAGAACUAUAGAUCUAUUGAUACUAUCAAAGCCAGAUUUUUUAAAAAUGAUGAAAAAUUUCCCUAAUGAAGAAGAUGAAAUUAAAGAAACUGCCGCAGUCAGAAAAUUGAAGCUUGAAUCAGCAAAAAGUCAUGUUUUAGAGCUUGCCUUGCCACAGAUGACACUUGAUAUAAACCGUGAAAGACUCAGCAUUGAUGCUUCACCUAUAUUUGAUAAGAGAGAUACUGGAAAUGAAUUAGGGAUUGAAACUUUUUCGACAAUGGAGAAGAAAAGCCUACUUAAGCUGUGAUCUGAUGCAAUAAAAGGAAAAAAUGUUAAAGAAAAAUGGAUUUACCAGCAGACUUCUUAUACAGGGACUAUAACUCCUUCCAGCUUCAGCUUUAGCAAAAAGUGCUUUUCGUUUAAGAAUAUUAAGAAGAAAAAAACUAAAUUAGAGUGACUAAAUGAGCAAGUUAAGUUAAAAGACAUACUGGCAAUGAGAGGGUAACCCAUAGCCUUCGCCUAUCUUGGCUCCAAAUCUCGCCCUUUUGAAUUUUUGAUCUGAAGUUUAUGUCCAAAAGAUUAAUCUAGGGCAGAGCCAUAGUCUCGGAGUUGCCCCGAUAGUCUCGAUGAGAAGGAUCCAUGCAAUAGGAAAACCUUGUCUAGUCCAUCAGCUAGGGACAGGAAACCUUCGGAGAGAAACAAAACACUCUGCUUCAGCAGGCUUCCCUACUCAAUUUAGCUAACGAAGAACUUAUUUCAACACCCAUCCUGUAGGUCCAUUACUCCAUCAGGAGGUGUUGCCUCGGAGUCCUAAUUCUGUCGGCGUCACCAUUUUAUUUCUUAAAUGAACAAGAUUAAAAGAUCAAAAUCUUAAACAGCCAUAAGUGACCUCUCACUAGCCGGGCUACUGUGACUCCAUGAAAAGUAGUAUACGCUGGGUGCAUUUAAAACAGAUUGCAAAUAGUAUAAGGCCCUACUCUAAUUUUCUGGUGAAAUUCAUCUCUCUAGGUGAGAGCCAUCAUCUGUCGGAUGUCCCAAUAGUCCCGAUGAGAGAUAAUCAUGUGUUAGGCAAAAGCUGUCUAUAGCCCAGGGCCCUGCUUUGGAUUGGCCUGGGUCUAUUCGUUAUGUAGGACUGACUCGGGCAGCAUCAGCUGCCAAGUCAACCCCUGAAGUUGGCAAGUGUCAACCCCAUAGUUGCGGUGGCAGCGUGUAGCCCAGGGCGAUCCAAAGCAGGCUCUGGGCAAUACCCAUCUAAUAGUUACAGGAAAACCUUCGGGAGAAAAGUAAAACUUCCCUCUUCGGCAGGCAUCCACAAACCUGAAGGCCUACUUCAAAAAUGGACAGAGAUCAUUUUUUCAGCUUCAUCAUUAUGGGUCCUACUUAUUCAAUAGGAGUAUCCCUCGAGCCCAAUUUCUGUAAACGUUACCAUUUUAUUUCUUUAAAUGAGUAAGUUAAUUUAAGUGUUAUAAGGCCAUAAGCGUGUAAACAACUAGCCUCCUAUCUAGGGUAGACUCACCUAGCCUAAGGAUUAGCUCCUUAGGUGGGAGCCACAUCUUGUAGAUGCCCGUUAGACCAAUAAGUAAAGAAUAAGUGGGAGCAAAAUCUGCAUAGUCAGAGACAGGGAAAACCUUCGAAGGAGAAACAAAGCUUUCCUCUUCAGCAGGCAUCCCUACAACUUCAAAAAGUGACAGAAGCACUAUUUUUCAGUUUCAUCGGGACUGGCCCUACUUGUUCUGUAGGGAAUAAGUCUCGAAAUCCAUCUUCUGCCGGCAUAGCUUUUUAUUUUUUAAAUGAUCAAGGAAUUGAAGAAAUUCUGCACAAUGGGAAUAAUAAUCAUCUUGAAAAUGCCCCAAAAAUAAAUGAUUCUGAAAUUUCUAUAGAAGAAAUCACAAAUCAAUAUAAAAAACCUGAUCCACUAGCAAAAAUGAAUAAUCUUUCAAAUAAUCAACUGCUGAUUAUGCAGAGCAUUGACUCUUUAAUUGAACUUUUAAAAAUUGGCCACGGAAGUUAA